AUGAUAAAAGCGUAAUUUGAUUUUAGAGAGUAUAUUACCCUCAUAGAAAGCUUACCAGACAUUGAUGUAAGAUUUUAUAAAUAUAAAGCAUAAAUGCUCAUUACUCAAUGUGGCAUUUUUAUCAUAUUAAGCAGGAGCUUCUAACAAUAAUUCUAAAAUUAUAAGAAAAUCAUAUUGUCUUAUUUGUUCUAACCAUGCAGUAUAUAAAAACAAAAAGAUAACAUUAGAAGCAUUAUCAUAGGAAUAUCAAAAAUAUAUUAAUGGAAACGAAAAUAUUGAUAACCUAGAUGAAUAAUUGUUUAUAGAAUAUAAUUCGGGGCUUCAAAACAUCAAAAGUUCAAAUGUAGACGAAUAAUAUAGAACAUCAAAUAACCAAACAACACCAAUAACUCGAAAUAAAAAUUUAGAUUAGGAGGAUUACAAUAUAUAGCAAUAGAAGGGAGAGGAUAAAAAAAAAACUAAAUAAAAAAUUAUUAUUACAGAGAUAGAAAAUCUUAACCCGCUACAAUAAAAUGAGAGGCCAAAAGAUAUUGAAAAGUAAGAUUAUAUUUUGAAUAAUAAUCUGAUUGAUACUAAUGCUUUCAAGAAUUUAAAUUUAGUUAAUGUUCCUUACAUUCCUAAAAUGGAAGAAAUUUAAUAAUUGUCAAUAGAAUAAUCUAAGCAAAUUUAGCAACAAUAAUAUAAUGAGUAUAGAAAAUAAGAAUAAUCUAAAUCAUUUUUUUUUUAAUAGAAAAGUUAGAGGAGCUAAAUUAUGCAAAAAGCAAAAUGUACUAUUUGUUUAGAAACUAUAUAAUCAAACUAAUAUAUUCUUACUGCUUGCUUGCAUAUAUUUCAUAAAGAGUGUUUAAAUAAUUUAAUCGAAGCUUAAGUUGAUUUACCAAUAAGAUGCCCUAAUUUAGAAUGCAGAUCAGAAAUAUUAAGAGAUGAUUUAGAAUAAAUUACAACAAAGUAAACUAUGGAUAGAUUGGAUAAAUUUGCUUUCAAUUAAUAUUUGAUUUCACAUCCAAAUAUUUUUCAAUGUCCAACUCAACACUGUUAAGGAAUUUAUGAGAUAGAAGGGCCAAUAUAAGUAUGCAUGAUAUGCUAAUAAAUAUUUUGUACAAGAUGCAAGAGGCAAUUUCAUGAUGGAGUUUGUGGAGAAUAAAGCUUUGUUGGUUUAGCUCGAGAAUAAAAUUACAAGUAAUGCUCCAGGUGUAACAGAUGGAUAGAGAAAAUGUAUGGGUGCAAUCAUAUAUCUUGUCCUUGUGGACAUGAAUUUUGUUAUGCCUGUGGUAAAUAAUGGACAAAAGGAAUGGAAUGUAGAUGCAUAGAGACUCAAUAAAAUGAAUUGCUUGGAACUCAAUAACAAAUAAAUAGGCAGCCGGUAUAAUAAUAUUAGCCUGUGUAAUAAUAAUAGCCUGUCUAAUAAUAAUAGCAGGCUUAAUAAUAGUAACAGAGAUAAAAUCACUAAACUAAUCAAUUUUAUUAAAGUAGAUAUACUUAGCAAGUUCGAAAUUUAUAUGAAACAUUAUAAAUAUAUUUCAAGAGUGAUCAAGGCUAUUUUUAAAAUACCUAAGAUUAUGAAUUUCUCAAAAAUUAUGGUUUAACAUUUUUAAGAAGAAUUUACAGAAGAUGA